AUGGCGGCGCCCAGGCGCAGCAUGGCCGGGGGGAAGACGAAGCGGCAGGCGGCCGCUCGCACUCGCCGCGGCGGGAAGCUGGACAGGCUGCGGCAGUCGGUGCAGCAGUUCGUGCAAGCAGCCGGCGACCAGCCGCCGCUGUCCCUGCUGAAAGACUCGGAGAGGCAGAACCGCAGGAGCCGCCGGGAGGCGAGGAAGGAGAAACGCAGGCUCAAGCGGAGCCGCCGCCGCCGCCUCCAACGCGGGGAGCCGGUGGAGACCCCCGCCGCCCCGGCCAAGCCGGCUUCUGCCGCCCGACCCAGAGCCUCGGCCUCGCCCGCAGCCACCAUCGGAAAGCAGCGGCCGGGGCCGCCGCGGCCGCAGGAGCCGGCGCAGCCGCCUGUGCCGGCACCGACACCGCGCGGGGCGCCGCCCGCCGCCGCAGCCGCCUCGGCGCGGAAGCGGGCCCUGCUGGAGGCCAACGAGGAGGAGGAGAAGGAGAUCCGGCGCCUGGAGCGGCGGCUGGGGCUCGGCAAGCGCCGCAAGAAGCAGGCGGGGGCCGCGGCAGAGAAGCUGCCGCAGAGCUUCCUGCGGGACGGGCUGGGCUACGUGCUGGGCGCCCUGGGCUCCCGGGCCGGCCUUAGCAAGCUCUGCGAGAGCAGCGACGAGGAGGAGCCGGGGCCGCGGGAGGGCCAGCCGGGGCCGCGGGAGGGCCAGCCGGAGGAGGACGACGAGGACGACGACAAGGAGGAUCCGGAGGACGACGAGGAGGAUCCAGUGGACGCCUCAGACCCCUCCGAGGGGGAUGAUGUGGAGGGACAGUGGGAGAGCGAGAGCUUGUCCUCGUCCCCCGAGGACGGUGGGGUGCCUGAGGCCAGCAAGCCCCCGGGCGAGGAGGAGGAGGAGGAGGAGGAGAGUUGUAAUCACAGUGCUACGAAGUAUGUUCCCCCUCAAGUAAGGAAAGCUCAGGAGACACUAGAUGACAAGAAAAGAGAAGAAUUGGGAAGACUGAAGAAAAUGGUGAAUGGUCUCAUUAAUAGGUUGAGUGAACCAAAUUUGUCCUCCAUUAGCGGACAGAUGGAAGAGCUCUACAUGGCCAACAGCAGAAAGGACAUGAAUGAAACUCUGACAGAUAUUCUCAUGAAUGCUUGUGUUACUGCAGUUGCCAUGCCUGCAAGAUUGAUGAUGGAGCAUGUCCUUUUGGUCAGCAUUCUUCAUCAUAAUGUAGGAAUUGAGGUUGGUGCUCACUUUCUGGAAGCCGUGGUGAAGAAAUUUGAUGAACUCUGCAAAGGUGAUGCUGAAGGGAAAGAAUGUGAAAAUCUGCUUGCCUUGAUUGCUCAUCUGUAUAACUUCCAUGUGGUUCAUUCCUUGCUGAUCUUUGAUAUUCUGAAAAAGCUUGUUAGCACUUUUGCUGAAAAAGAGAUUGAGUUGAUUUUGUUUCUUCUGAAAAACGUGGGCUUUUCCUUAAGAAAAGAUGAUGCGUUGGCUUUGAAGGAACUGAUCACUGAAGCCCAGAGGAAAGCAAACACAGCAGAGAAGAAACUCCAGGAUCAGACUAGGGUUCGUUUUAUGCUAGAGACUAUGUUGGCAUUAAGGAAUAAUGAUAUGCGUAAGAUUCCUGGUUAUGAUCCUGAACCAGUUGAAAAACUCCGCAAAUUGCAAAGAACACUGGUUCACAGCAGUGGUUCUGGAAAAGAAACUCAGCUCCGUGUUUCCCUGGAAUCUCUCCUCAGUGCUGAUCAGGUUGGUCGCUGGUGGAUCGUAGGGUCGUCCUGGAGUGGAGCACCAAUGAUCAAUGAUACAAACAGCAAGACUCAGCAAAAACUGCAUAUAGGAAAGGUGAGUUCAAAGAUAAUGGAGCUUGCUCGUAAGCAGAGAAUGAACACCGAUAUCAGGAGGAGUAUUUUUUGUGUCUUGAUGACAAGUGAAGACUUCCUGGAUGCCUUUGAAAAGCUUCUCAAGCUUGGACUGAAAGAUCAGCAGGAGAGAGAAAUCGUUCAUGUUGUUCUUUACUGCUGCUUACAAGAGAAGACAUAUAAUGCCUUCUAUGCAUUUUUGGCUAACAAGUUUUGUGAAUAUGAAAGACGAUUCCAGGUGACAUUUCAGUUUAGUAUUUGGGACAAAAUCAGAGACUUAGAAAACCUGUCAGCCACUGCCAUCUCCAACUUGGUUUCACUGUUGGCUCACUUACUAAGGACAAAAUCAUUGCCACUUUCAGUUCUCAAGGUAAUUGAAUUCAGCGAACUAGAUAAACCCAAAGUCCGUUUCUUGCGACAAGUAUUAAGCAUGCUGUUAAUCAAAACAGAUGAUGAAGAACUUAGUGACAUUUUUGUGAGGAUAUCUGACAAUCCCAAACUGGGAAUGCUACGGGAAGGCUUGAAACUCUUCCUUACCCACUUCUUACUGAAAAAUGUACAAGCCCAAAAAAGUGCUGAAGAAGCUACCUUACUAAAAGAAAGAGUUGAGCUAGCAACCAAGGCUUUGGAAGCAAAAGAAUCCAAACUGAAGCUAUAGUUCUGUUUUUCUAAUAAAGCAUAUGGAAAAACUAGGUCUGCAUGAAGAUGCACAGCUUUGUUAGUCUUUCAGACUCAAAUAAUUGAGAAUUAGGAGAUCCGUGUUACUCUAAAGGAUCCAUCUUUUUGAUGUAAACAGUUACUUUGCUCUACACACUAGUUACAGGUUUAAUUGAAGGUGAUGCAAGGCCUUUCUGAAGAAAGGGAAAAUGUUUUUGUAAUGUCCCUUUUUAGUACAGGUGAUUUGUGUUGAUGGUUAGUAUCUGCAGAAGAUGUUGAAUUUCUCUUCUAUGAUACUCCCAGUCAGCAGCAGCAGCAUUCUUGCAUUGCAUAUUCUAACAUUUCAUUUAAAAUAAUAGCAUAAUACUGACCACGGUAUGUUAAAGAAGCAGCCUUAACCGAAGGCUUUUAACAAUUCCUCAGUGUACUUGCCUGAAGAAACAGGCCACCAGAUGGCAUAAGUACUGGGGAGUCCGGUUUGGAAGAAAACUUUUUUCUUAAAGUGUUGAAGUUACCUGCUAAUUCUGUGAAUUGUUUACCUGGCUGUGGGUCAGGAAAAGAUCUUCAGUUGGAUUCAAAGCUGUAGUAAAACAACUUGAAGAUCUGACUUUGCCCAAUUAUAUUGGGUCUAGAGCUUACGACAUAGUUUUAUUGCUUUCUUAGCCUGUUUUUCACAGCUUUAAAAUUGGAGUUGUCUAAUCACUUGUGUUAAUCAGAUUUUUAUAGCCAUAAAGAGUAAUAUCAGUAUAAGUCUUUUAAU